AUGUCGACUGCAAAGAUGGUCCACGACCUCGAUACUAUCCUGAGGCAGAUUCCCAAAGGGUCGUCUUUGGCCGACAAGGCUCAUGCCACAGGCCGCCCGGCAAAAGCAGGACACGAAUACCAUAAGGUUGGCAGGAGUGACGACAAGAAGACUUCCAAUGCCGAGGGGAUGACACCGAUGGGUCGUUUCCAGGCCGAAGGCUUCGGGGAUACGCCGUGGCACAACGUCAAAGAUGUAUACAUCCCGAAGAAGUGA